AUGGUUGCCAGACCUGUAGCCAGCGUUCCUUCAGGGCCUCACCUGAAACCUCGCAAUAAUGAAUCGAUGGAAGGGAUUCAAUCUUGGGAGUCCUCGUCCGAUGUAUUCACGGUUGAAUCUCGCUCUGCGAUCCAUAUCCCAUACCGUCACUAUGCGCUGGCAUAUCUUGAUGUGUCUGGAAAUGUCCGCUAUGAGCUUUCUCCAUCUAUGCUUGAUCAUAAGAGCGAAAUAUUUCUUCAGGACUUCGAAGAGCGGUUUUUCCAGCAUGCUUCCCAAUCAAUGUUUCCAGGCCAAUUGAAUACAAACCCAACACGCAAUCCAAGAGCUAGGCGACCCCGAUAUCUAUCUUCCUACAAAAACAUGCCUGCACAGAAGCGCCAGCGAUUGGAGUAUACAGUAAAUGCAGUAUCUGAGGAAGAAGAUGACGAAUUUGAAGACCAGCCUGUGAACAAUAUUGGCUUGCCCAUUGGAGACGAGGAAAAAAUGCUGGCUUAUUAUGCAGAAGCCUUCAGAGCUUUUCAGCAGAUCAACUGUCGCCAAGUUGCAAAGGCUUAUAUCAAGCUCAUCGAGCCUCGGAAGCAGGCAAAGCAUCCAUACAAUGGAGGAAAAGCGGGCCCAGGAGAGAUCAGGGAUCCCGAGAAAACUAAGCCAGAAUGGUGGCCUACCGAUGUGAUUCAUAAGGAACCUGACCAUCUAAAGAAAAUUCCGCGUGUGAAACUUCUUAUUCAUAUAUUUCGCAAUUUGAGCAAAUCGCACGGUAUCACAGCCCGGAAACUCAAAGCCGCUGGUGAAGAAGCGCAAAAACAAUGUAGGCCUCCUGAAAAGGCAUCUAUUCUGGAUGAAAUAUACCGCGUUAGGGAGGAGGAAGAGCGUUAUGAGCGGGGAGAAAUCGAUGCCGAUACUUUGGUUUAUGUUGUCAAAAGAGAAAAGAUGAAUCGUGGCAUUAGGGAGGACUCGGAAACUGCGUCUGAUUCUGAGCAACAACAAGGUUAUGUACCAGAGCUAGCGAGUCUAAAUGAGCAGCAAAGCAGCGUGAAAAUGACACCCCAUGUGUUGCCAAUGCACAACCGGGUCGUUCCUACCUUUGACCUCGGCGAGAACAGGAAUACGCUUUUUUCAACCACAAUAUCGGCUCCUUUUGAAUCGGCCACACCCAAUCCUCUCUCCCCCAUGGGCAUAAAAUCCGACUACGAAAAAUUCACUCCGAUGGGAAGUCCCAUCUCAAUUGAUGACAGGCCCACUACGUCUAAUAUCAAUUACCUCCAGGGUUUACCUCAGUCCCCUAUCGAAGGCCAGUAUAUGAAUCCUAGAAGCUCCGUCCCAGAAAACCAAACAGCUGGGAAUUAUGGCCCCUGGCCCACGCCCUCAUUCCAACACCCCAUUUUUAACCAAGUUGACUAUGGAAACGGUAAUUCUGGGGUGAUUCCUCAACACUUCAUGUCUCCCAUGAUGCCGACUCCAUCCCAUGCACCACUCCCUCUUCAGGGAGCACGCUCACAGCUUCCGAUGGACAGGACUCCUAUAUUUCCAGCAUUUCGUGAUGAUACCUAA